GAGGGAAAUUUAUUUAUUUAUCAGAAGGAAUAACCGCUUAUCAACAAAUUACACACAAUGGGCAAUGUGCAGUCAGGAGCAGUUGUGACCAUUGAACACACCUGGGUGCACUCGUCUCCUCGCUCGCCCCUGCCUCCAUAUGCGGUGAUCGGUGGCCAUGACGCGGACCGCUCGCCCAUCUAUGUGGGCCGAUCCUUCCACGAGGGUGAGAACCUGCCCGCCAAGGUGAUUCCCAGCAAGGGCUGUGCCUAUGUGGCCUACGGCGGCACCGAGCACACGAAGACCCACUACGAGGUGCUGGUGGGUCAGGGCUUUGCCUGGGUGCCCAGUGCCAGUGGCGGAGUGCCACCGAAUGCGGUGCGCAGUGGCAACACUCGCACCGGGGAGCCCCUCUACGUGGGACGCGGCCAUCAUGCCGGCAGCCUGACGGUGGGCAAGGUGCAUCCCUCGCACGGCUGCCUGUACAUUCCCUUCGGCGGCCAGGAGGUCAGGAUCAACACCUACGAGGUGCUCAUCCAUCAGCAGCAGGAUGUGUGGGUGGCGGCCUCGCCCAGCUACACACCGCCAGGAGCUGUGGUGGCCGGACACGACUCCGACCGGACGCCCAUCUACGCCGGACGGGCGAUGCACGAGGGUGAGAUGCUGCCCGCCAAGGUGAUUCCCAGCAAGGGUUGUGCCUACGUCUGCUUCGGCGGCUACGAGUUCCAGAAGCCCAGCUACGAGGUGCUCACCGGUUAUGGCUAUGUGUGGGCCCAUGCUGGCCAUCAUCUGCCACCGAAUGCCGUGUCCACGGGUCGCACCCGCAACGGCGAACCCAUCUACUUUGGACGUGGACACUACCAGGGUAGUCUUACUCCUGGCCUGAUCUCGGCUAGCCAGCGUUGCCUCUACAUUCCCUACGGUGGCCGAGAGAUCCGUCUCUCCUCCUACGAGGUGCUCUGCCGGCAGUAGGACACCUUAGUGGAAGCUCCUUAAAAAGAAGUAAAUGCAUUUAGCCCAGAUCAAACCCUGUAAAUCCCAGAUCAAUCAAAAUAAAACUGACUGUUAACCACCAAGAAA